UAUAAAAAUAGUCCAAAUUUUUCACUAAUCCAAUUUUUAUCAUCCAAUUUUUUUAUAUUUCAAAAAUCAAGUAUGGCACUUUCCGUGAAAAAACCUUUAGCGUACGUAAUAUUAAUUAUAGUUUAUUUACUUUGUUUAUCGAUGACAACAGUAUGUUUAGCAUUCGCGGUUAAAAAACGAAAUGCAUUUAUUGAAAAUGAAAUAAAUUUUAAAAGUGAAAUGAUUGAAAUCCUGUAUUUGUUAACAAUAAUAGUAACAAUAGUAAGCGUUGGAGUAUCAAUGUGUUGCUCAUUAACAAGCAAUGAACCAAACAUAUUAGGAGAUGGAGGAACUGCAUUAGUACAAUUGUAAGGAUCUUUUUUUUAUCGAUUUUCUUUUUUUUAAUUCAAAAAAAAAAACGAAAAUAUUCCUUUUUUUACAGGAUAAUAGCAAUAAUAUGGAUGAUAUUACCAGCUGCAUAUACAGUGCUAACUAUAAAUGAAUUAGAAAAUUAUGAUUUCUCUUGUACAAAAUCAUCACACGUAUGUACGAUACGUAGAAAUAAUUUUAUAUUUAUGUGGAUUAAUAGUGGAAUAAUGCUUUUAUCGACGUUUACACUUUGCUUUUGUUAUUAUGGGAUGGAAAUUCAGGAAGAAGAAAUUAUAGGUAUACCACUU